AUCGGGAAGGAUUGCGAACAGUUCCUUCAGAACAAACCAAUUCAAAACACAAACAAAAAACUCCUUGAAAAGCAGUUUCUUCUACCCAUCGCCGUCUGGUCCCUCAUAACUCGAAUUUUGCCUCGGUGAAUGGAUCACCCUUCCCUUUCGAUAGACCGAUUCUUGUCAACUGACUUCUCGACGCCCCGUAUUCUUUUUCGAGACUUGGUUCCGUUUGUUGCCAUACCUACCAAACGAAGGAAACAACAGCCAUGGAUCCGUUGAAUGUUUUUCUUUUGCUGCUGCAUGUGCAGGUAGUACGGGUCUCGUCGUUUGCAACGCAACAGCACCCACAAGAUUCGGCUGGAAUCACGAGCGUGUACGGAGGGCGGACGAAUUUGGUCUCUCACAAUCCUUUGACCACGCCGUCCCCGUGGAGGCUACAACAAAGAAGACAUCGUUUCACGCUCAAUGCAGAACCAACAACGAACAAGAGCGAAGAAAAAAACAACGACGAAGAGAAGGCCCGGCGGAAAGCGUCCACGUACAAUCUGGGCGUUGGAAAGAACCUCCCUUUUGGGUCGUCGGGGAUCGACAACGGCGACGAGAUCGAUCCCAAUGAACUGCAAUGGAACGUUCCGGAAACUCCCAACAGCAAACCCCUCGAAAAAAGCCAGUCGAACAGCACAUCGAAAAAGCAGUCCUACUCCGCGAAGGACGGCAGCAGCGAACCGAAACGGGUGAGAAAGAUGGUUGCCCGCACGGAUCAGGCUGGCCAACUGCGAAACGCCAUGUGGCACGAAGAACACUACUCGAAGAAAACCGGACCACCGCCGGCGACGACAACAAACACCACGGCCCCCGGGGGCUAUAACAGUCGACAGAGCAGCGACGAGGCGGAGGGCCCGUUCCGAAGGCCGGAACUCUUCUAUCCCAACAUCGAUCUGUCGAUUCCCCCUUCGGUGUACGACCCCGAAACCUCCAGGGACGUCGUCUGGGACCUGAUGCGCUGGGAGGCCUACCAGGAAGCCCAGCGGGAACCCCUCCUGGUCAGUUUUCUGUACUCGUCCAUUCUGAACCACGACAGCCUCGAAUCGAGCCUGGCCUUUUUGCUGGCGAACAAGCUGUCGAGCGCGGCGAUGAUUUCCACGCAGGUUCAGUCCCUGAUCCUCGGUGCACUGGACAAGGAUCCCUCCAUCGGGCGGGCCAUCCGUGCCGACAUCAUGGUGAGCGCGGUGUUUGUUUGUUUGCUUUUGCGUCUGCGUCUGCCUGCUGGACCUGGUUUUGUCGUUCGAACCGAUGCAGUUUUGGCGUGUGCGUUCUCCCGGUUCGUGUUCUUUUUUCUGGGUGUUAUGCACUGACCCCGAUUCUUGUGACCACAGGCCGUGCGAGACCGGGACCCCGCCUGCACGUGCCUCCCGGACGUGUUUUUGUACUUCAAGGGAUUCCAUGCGCUGCAAACCUAUCGGGUUGCCAACGCCAUUUGGAAGACCGACAACAAGCAGGUGCUGGCGCACUACCUCCAAUCGCAAAUGUCGCAAACCUUUCAGAUCGACAUCCACCCAAACGCGACGCUGGGUAAGCAGAAUUUUUGUGGUAGAGCGCGAUUGCUACGUGGUGUUUUAUACAAUCUUGUGACUAUCGCGAAAACCGCAUCGAUGCAAAACAAUGGUAUUUCAAGGAGAACACUAUUGCAAUCCUCAUAUCUCUCUAUUUUAAUUGCGUGUACACAGGUAGUGGAAUCAUGCUGGACCAUGGGACUGGUAAGAGCAGUUCUAUAGCAAUUCUUAGAUUGUGAUUGUCGUGUUCGAAAUUGACUCUAAACGCAACGAGACUGCUCCUCUCCUUUUCCGUUUCUUUGCGCGCAUCCGCUUAGGCAUCGUCAUAGGCGAAACGGCCCACCUCGGCCACAACUGUUCGAUUUUGCACCACGUGACACUCGGAGGAUCGGGGAAGAAAGGUGUCGACCGGCAUCCAAAGGUGAGACAGCGCCGCACUGUUUUUUUUUCGAUGGAAAGUGAACGGAUCGCGACUUUUUUUCUCUCACAGACACGUUGUUCCGCGACAACCCGCAUGGCGAUGGAUCAGGUGGGAGACGGGGUGUUGCUCGGUGCCGGAGCGAGUGUGCUGGGGAACGUCAAGAUCGGGGACGGAUGCCAGGUCGGUGCCGGGGGCCUCGUCAUCACCGACCUCCCCCCGCACUCGGUUGCGGUCGGUGUCCCGGUCAAGAUCAUCGGGAGUUUCGUCGACGUGACGGAACAACCAAGCGUCGAAAUGAAUCAGAUGAUGAACCAAACCUUUUUGUCGGACGGCAUAUGAUUUUGGAAUACGGCGUGCUACUUUUUCAAUUACUGUAUCUAGCUAAUGGUUUUUGUAAAUCAAAUAGAGUAAAGUAGUGUAG